AUGUCUGGCUGGGACGCGUACAUCAACACGAUGACAGAGGCGUCACCGGCUAUUAAACGAGCCGCAAUUGUUGGAAGUGCUGAUGGUUCUAUUUGGGCUCGUACUCAGGAUCCAAAUACAUUCGCUGCUACUGAUGCUGAAUUGAAGAAAUUCGUCGGGCUCUUUGAUAACCUGAAUGAUGUGCCAGCACAAGGUGUCGAUCUCGAAGACGUUCACUACAUUGUGCCACGCACUGAAGAAAACCUCAUCUUUGGCAAGAAAGAUAAGAGUGGAUUUUUCGCGGCAAAAACUAAGUCUGCAGUGCUGAUCGCUGUCUAUGAGGGAGAGAACCAGGUGUCAGCUCAAGUGCGUGCAUCCGUUGAGAAGCUAGCCAAGUAUCUUGAGGAAAUCGGCUACUAG